CUAAAAAAUAAAUUAAACUCUAUUUCUUUCUUUAAGAAAAUUAAGUUUUUUUUUAUAGAAAAGAUAAGUAUCCUUUUAUGAUCACAGCCCGAAUAAAGGGGGGAAAUGCAAAUUAUGACUUCUUUCCCCACAGUGACAGGUUGUUGAAACCAACGAAAUAACAUGUUAGCAGCUAUAAACUACCACCAGCUAACAUGCACCACCUCCUCCUUCCUCUUCUUCAUCAUCAUCUCCACGAAUCACUUUUUUAAUUCCAUAAUCUUCUCUUUCGUCGAAAGCCAUCAUCAAUGACGGCUCCUCCAAGAUCCGACCUAUAUCCCUCUACCCGACUCGAUUCCGACGCCGGAGCUCUCUUCGUCCUCCAAGCAAAAGGCGAAUGGUGGCACGCCGGCUUUCAUCUGACGACGGCGAUUGUCGGACCGACGAUAUUGACAUUACCGUACGCUUUCAGGGGAUUGGGAUGGUGGUUAGGGUUUGUGUGCUUGACGACGAUGGGACUCGUCACUUUCUACGCUUACUUCCUCAUGUCCAAGGUUCUCGAUCACUGUGAAAAAUCCGGCCGCCGUCACAUCCGAUUCCGGGAACUCGCUGCCGACGUUCUCGGAUCAGGAUGGAUGUUUUACGUAGUGAUCUUCAUUCAAACAGCUAUCAACACUGGAAUCGGUAUUGGCGCCAUUCUACUCGCAGGCCAAUGCCUUGAUAUAAUGUACUCGAGUCUUUUCCCACAAGGAACCUUGAAGCUCUACGAGUUCAUUGCUAUGGUGACAGCUGUGAUGAUUGUUCUGUCACAGCUCCCAAGCUUUCACUCACUUAGGCACAUUAACUUUGUGUCUCUCCUUCUCAGCUUAGGCUACACUUUCCUCGUUGUUGGGGCUUGUAUCAACCUAGGUUUGUCUAAAAACGCUCCUAAACGUGACUACUCUCUAGAGGCUUCGGAUUCAGGGAGAGUUUUUAGUGCGUUCACAUCGAUUUCGAUCAUAGCUGCUAUCUUCGGAAACGGAAUUUUGCCUGAAAUACAGGCAACUCUUGCUCCACCAGCCACAGGGAAGAUGUUGAAAGGACUAAUGUUGUGUUAUAGUGUCAUCUUCUUCACGUUUUACUCGGCUGCAGUUUCGGGGUAUUGGGUAUUUGGUAGAGAUUCGAGCUCUAAUAUCCUCAAGAACCUAAUGCCUGACGAAGGACCAACUCUGGCUCCUAUAGUGGUCAUUGGCCUUGCGGUCAUCUUUGUUCUUCUUCAGCUUUUCGCCAUUGGCCUCGUGUAUUCUCAAGUUGCGUAUGAGAUGAUGGAGAAGCAAUCGGCGGAUACAACAAAAGGGAUAUUCUCAAGACGAAACCUGGUGCCGCGUUUGAUACUAAGAACGCUGUACACGGUGUUUUGUGGGUUCAUGGCAGCGAUGCUACCCUUCUUCGGGGAUAUAAACGCGGUGGUAGGAGCGUUUGGGUUUAUCCCACUCGAUUUCGUGCUGCCAAUGCUUCUAUACAACAUGACCUAUAAGCCCACGAAACGGAGCUUCACGUAUUGGAUAAACAUGACGAUAAUGGUUGUCUUCACUUGCGCGGGACUCAUGGGAGCUUUCUCCUCUGUUAGGAAACUUGUUCUUGAUGCUAAUAAGUUCAAGUUGUUUAGUAGUGAAGUUGUUGAUUAGAUGCUUACCAUAUAUAUAGUACAUGAUAAUAUAGACCAACUUUUUUGUGAUACGUGUACAUGUUUUCGGGGUGAGGGUUUCGUCCUACGAAAGGUUUUGUGGUGGUUGGCCCCAAAGAGAAAAAUAAAAUAAAAUUUGCGGUGACAUUUUAGUUAAAAGUUAC